AUGCUCUUGUCAUAUCUGACCAUCACAGAGAAUUUGGCAUUGAGAGGAAAGGCUGUACAGUCAUCCACAUUUUCCACCUGUGGAGCUGCAAACGCCAUCGACGGCAUCAGAUACUCUCCUUCAGGUAAACCCUAUCCAGAAGAAACCUAUACAUACUGCUCCCACACAGAUAAGGAGCUCAACCCGUGGUGGAGGCUGGACCUGCUGGAUUCUUACUCCAUUUACAAAGUUACCAUCACCAACAGAGGAGACGGCUGGCUGGAUCAAACGACUGGAGUAGAGAUCCGCAUCGGAAACUCUCUGGAAAACAACGGCAACAACAAUCCCAGAUGUGGUGUCACUUCAUCUUUCCCAGCAGGCAGUUCUGUCAGUUUCUCUUGCGGUGGAAUGGAAGGUCGUUAUGUGAACAUGUACAUUCCUAACAUCCAGAAGUAUCUCACACUGUGUGAAGUGGAGGUUUAUGGAACAGGUGUCAGAGUUAAGGCACGAUACUGCCACCUGGGCACUCAACCAGCCAGCAAAUCAGAUUUAAGAAGACUGCAACAGACUGUUAGGACAGCAGAAAGGAUCAUUGGUGUGCACCUGCCCAGUCUUCAGGACUUGUACAACGCCAGAGUGAAGAAAUGGGCAGCCAAGAAGCAGAUGAUCCGAGUGCAGGUGAAAGCUGCUGAGAAUGUGGAUGAAGCUGAACUGAAGGAGCUCGUCUUAAACAAGUUAAAUCAGACGCUGAGCGAUCAGGACGUCAUAAUGACAUGGAGGACGCAACCCAACGGGGAAGUCUUCCAGAAGAAAGGACUGUACUGA